AACUCGCUCGCUGUACACACACAACGCAGUUAUCAUCAAUACAUGUGACAAUCUAUCGCAUCCCGUCAUUGCUGUCGCAUCGCGGUGCCACAGAAUCAAUCGCUCGCAAUUCAUGUGUCAUUGGGCCAGCCAGGUUUGAGAUGCUUUUCUUUUUUGCCAGCCUCCGAGUAGUAGCGUUUUGCGGUUAGGCGGAAAUCCAUUGACAUUCGGUGUGCUACGGCGGCACGCGGCCGCUAUUUCUGAACCCGGCUCUUCUUCUUCCAUCUUAAAGCAAUUCUCAACUCUCGUGGGUUGAGGAAAUCCGGGAUUUGAGUUGGCGUGACGAGCUUUUGCAGCAGCUGCAAGUGUUAUGUUCCAAAUUUGUGGCAGACAAGUGAACACCCUUAUGUGGAAACCUUGAGACGUACAAUGGUGUCCUCUAUACAUACGUGAUUUCAGUAUCUUUGAGGCGUUUUCUGGGGACGAAUUAAGGCACUUUUAAUGCGUAUAUACAUGUAUAUAUAUACAUAAAUAUUUAUGUAUAUAUAUGUAUAAGAAAUUUUGGAAUCGUGCAGCAUCUCCUUAUUGUGUACACUCUAGCUCCGACAGUUGCAGAGGUGACUCUGGGUUAUUCAGGCAAGUUGUUGCCAACAAUUUGCGAUAAUGAUGGAUGCUUCGUUUUGAGCUGUAUGAGCAUCAAGGUCUUUACACUCGCGAGUUGGAAUGGAGGGGUUGGUGGGCUAGUUCGGUUCGCAAAAAGUUUACAGGAAUAGAGAUGAGGAGAUGGACAAUUUGUGGAGACAACAGGAAGACUACUUUCAGAGAUUCUCGGCGUUGAGAUGCAUGCCUUCAACCCUGUAUGUUUGUCAAAGAAAUUUCACAAGACAGAGAUUAGGUGGUGGGACUGAAUGUUCGAACCGAGUUUGGUUGAUGAGGCCACGAGAUAGUGUAGUUUAAGUUAUUUCAGGCAGGUGUGGUUGUAGAGCGUGAGUUGACUUCCCUGAUUGGCGCUCAUAUUUGCGGAAAUUGUACGUUUCCUCGUGUAAUGGAAAGACUAGAGCAGAAAAUCUUCUUGAAUCGUUUUAUGGCUGAGAUCAAGCCCCGAAGCUGAGAUUUCAGGAAGUAGGAGUAAUGCCAUAAAUAUUGGACCUUGAUUGGAAAGAAUGGCCAGGUACAAUGGGCCAUCGGCUAUGGACUUGCGUGGGCAACAUGUAGGUGUAUCUCAUUCUCCGCAUCCUUUACAGCAGUACGGUACUCAGGUGAACAACAAUAGCGAGAAUCUCCUUUCUCCGCUCUCUCACCCUAGUCCAUCAGCAUCCAUCGAUUUGAGAAAUUUAAACUCUUCUUUCUCUUCAAACAUAACUUCCGAGUUUUCAUCCUCUCUUUUUGAUUCAAAUUCUCAGAACUCGUUUGGCCGUAAUGUGGGUUCGGCCACCCUCAUCCCCCCGUCACAGUCGCAAUCUUUGCCACCAAGAGCAAUGAUGAAUGGUGGCCUAAUUCCAGCCGAUGAGUGGUCGGGCACAACUAUCGUGGGACCUGGGACACCAAGUACCCAGCAGGCACAAGUCUUGCAAAGUUCACAAGGUCAAGGCCCUUCUGGACAGGCAGCACACCAGCCCAAGCAACAGGUUGCUUACGACGGAAGAGUAGCUGCCAAUUCACAUGUCCUGCAGGCAAUGAGUGGCAAUCAGUACCAGGCGGUGAUGAGUACAAGUCAACAUUCUGGAGGCUCUCAGGGGGGCAGCCGAGAUCCGUUGCAAUCAUAUUCUAGUGAGGUAGGUCAAGGCAUCACCCCUAGAUCACCUCAGGUGCCAAUACGUAGUCCUCAGCACCCAUUGGAUAUCACUGCCGUGAAGUCAGAAUAUCCUGAUAUGAAACGCGUGAAGACGGAGUAUGGCAUGGAGGGAGUGAAAGCAGAGUAUCCGCAGGACUCAUUAGCCCAAGCAACACUUAUUAGGUCCUCUCAAGAUUUGGCUUAUCAAGAAGGCAGUUUUCAUGGGCCGACAUCCUCUAAUCAGUUAUCAGGUUUUGAUGGGGGCCCAACAAGCAGCCAGCAGUCUGGGCUUGAAGGAGAUACUAAAGUUAACCGUAGUGUCACCCACCAACUCGUGGGAAUGACGCAGUCAGGGAACUAUCAGGCUGGAGAGAUGAGCAGUCCACAGUCGGCCUACAGCAGUGGACAAGGUAAUGUAUCACAAUCUAGUCAAGAGCGUGGGCAACAAGGUCAGAGUCGUGCACUCGCAAAUUUUCAAGGAGCUCAACUGCUCACGCAACAGAAUAGUUUCCAAGGCCAGCAAUCUCUUCGAAACUUGAACAUGAUGCAAGGAGGGAAUUUUCAAGGUAAUCUUCAGUCCUUGGGUGGAGUACCACAGCAGACCAAUUUUGCAGGACAGAGCCAUGCGAACCAUUUAGCACAUUUUCAGGUCUCGCCUUCUCAACAGUCCCUCAUGCAAAUGGCAUCAUCAAAUCAACUUUCAUCUUACCAAGCUCAGCAAGUUCAAGCCCAUGUUCAGGCUCAGGCCCAAGCUCAAGCUCAGGCUCAGGUUCAGGCUCACGCACAAGCACAAGCACAGGCGCAAGCUCAGGCACAAGCUCAAGCCCAAGCUCAGGCACAGGCACAGGCCCAAGCAAUGUCACAGGCACAUGCACAGGCGCAAGCAGCUAACCAGCAAGCGGCUCUGCAUCAAGCGGCAGCUAAUCAAGCAGCUAUACUUCAAGCCCGACAAGCACAACAAGGAGUUAGUUCUCAGCAUCAGCUCUUGUUGCAGCAACAACAGUUUCAGUCAGGUCAAGCACAGGCAUUCCAGGUGGCAAAUGGCUUACCAUCAACCGGAGCUGCACAACAAAUGAUCGCUCGUUUGCAGCCUGGAAUGCAAAAUCAGUUUUUACAGGGUCUUAAGCUUAACAACCGGCAUCUUGUUCAAGGUUCAAUGUUGAAAGGCGGAAGCAUGGAAAAUGGUUACAGAAGUCGUAUGCUACCAGCAGUUGUUGCAGAAUGUAAUCAUAGAAUCAUGCUAUACAUUCAAGAGCAAAGGAAACGUCCUGCAGAUAACAAUAUCGCUUUUUGGCAGAGACUUGUACACACAUUUUUUGAACCUGGAGCUUUAAAGCGCUGGUGCUUAAGCAGUUACAAUACUUCUCCUGUUGGUCGGCAUGCUCAGGGUCUCUUCCCUAUGGAGUUUUGGUUCUGUAACCUGUGUGGUGUGCAACCAGGACGAGGUUUUGAAUCCUGCACGGAUGUUCUGCCUCGGCUAUUUAAGAUCAAGUAUGACAGUGGUCUGCAAGACGAGCUCCUAUUCCUGGAUCGGGCUGAAGAGUAUGUUUUGCCCUCUGGGAAAAUGAUCCUGGAGUACUCCGGGGCAGUGCACGAAUCAAUAUUUGCUGAAUUGAGGGUGAUCAGAUAUGGAACGCUCCGAGUGACUAUUAGUCCUUCGUAUAAGAUUCAAGCUUGGGAGUUCUGUACAAAAAGCCAUGAUGAAGUAGUGCCAAUCAAAAACCUGCAAGACCAGGCUCAACAGCUAGACAACCUAGUCAUGGAGGCUGAACAGGAGGGAUUCAACAAAAGUGUGGAGAAUUUGAGUAAACACUGCAACGCGUUUAUGACUACAGCAAGGCAGCUCGCUGUAAAGCUAGACGCACCCAUGGUCAAUGACCUUGGCUUCUCAAAACGAUAUGUGCGAUGUUUGCAGAUAUCUGAAGUUGUGAACAGCAUGAAAGACUUAAUUUCAUUUGAGAAGAAGACUCACCGUGGACCUAUUCAGAGUUUAAUAGAUUUUCCAAGUGCUCGAAAAUUGCAGCAACAAGGCUUGCUUACGAAUCUUCCCAAUCAACCGUCACUUACGGUUUUAAUAAACCGUUUCACUCAAGGUACCCCUCGUCAGUCGAUACCUUACUUGCAACAACAGCAAGGACAAGUUUCAAGACAUCCAGGUGGACAGGUUAUGACGGCAAAUGGACAGCAAGGAGUUUCUCAAUUACAAGGUCACCUCCUCGGUCAGAUACAACCUGGUACUGUGGCUCAAGUUCACAGAGAUCCGAAUACGUCAAAAAUGGCCCAGUUUUCAAACCUUUACCAGUCACAGCUACGCGGUCAAAUGGACGCUCGAAACUUGGGCUUAGUGCAAGCAGGACAACCAUAUAACAACCAGAUGCAGCCACCGGGACCUUUGCACUUGUCUGGAAGUUCGCAGGCUCACUCCGGGAAUUCUAAUCACAGCAAUGGGUUGCCUGGGCAGUUGCAGGCUCAAACGGUUUCUCAGGGACUUACUCAGUCACAAGGUCCGGUUUCUGCGCAACGUGCUCACUCGGGGGGUGCUGGUGGUAAUUCUCAGUCUUUUCCUGGGAAUCAGGUACAUCUCCAACUCAACCACGCGCAAGCACUUUCUCAACUUCAAGGGCAGUCAACAAUGAGCCAAAUUCCAUCGUCUGCUCUGAGCGGCGACCAUGCUGCGUCACCUAUCUUCAAUCAGCUGUCGCAACAAACGUCAUUUCCAACACUUUCUAAACAGCUUACUCCACAACCUGCGGGUCAGGUUCAUUCACAGUCACAUAAUUCCCUUAACCAGCCAAUGGUUAACGGGGGGCAGCAGAGCCUACCAGGCACUCCUCAGAGCGAAAUCAGUGACCUAAGGUCAAAUGCAUAGAAAUUCUCUCAUCGGGUUGGGCGAAGGUUUUAUAUUUGGUUGCUCCUUCCAUUUGCGCGCUGUGUAUAGUAAGAGGGAUAUCUGGGCUUUUGACGGAAGCUUUAUGUUUCUCAGAUUUCCUCAGACCAUGUUCUUCAGGUAGAUUGAGGGAGAGUAGUCUCCUUGUGGGACCAGCAGCUUAUUGGGUUGAUGAAGGACUUCCAAGAAUUUGAAGUUGGUCCAAUGUAUUUUGUAUUACGAACUGUUUUAGAGACAUCACUUGAGAUUAAGGUUUACUUGACAAGGUGAAGGUUAAAAUUUGAGUACUAUCUUCAAUAGUAUAGGGUUCAAAUCGAAGCUAGGAGCGAGAAAUAAGUAGCUUUUGGGACAGCAACCCUGGAGGAGGGCUUCCACUGAUGUUGAUUACAACUUGAAGAGAGUUGAAUACUGUUGUGUUGAGCAAUGGGGGUCUUUUGUUAGACUCCGUGUAUAAUAUUUGAACAAUGUUCUUUCAUAA